AUGACGCCACAAGAACUGCUGCACAGCCCACAGGCUCGGCACCUGUGUCCCUACGCACGUGAAGAGAUGUUCCAUCAUUCUCUAGUUUAUUUCAUUGGUACUGGAAGUCAGAAGAAGCAAGCUGAUCCGGACAUCUAUCUAGUAGUGCGCAGUGACCACCUGGCGUAUCGAUAUGAAGUCGUGGAUGCCCUAGGCAAUGGAUCUUUCGGUCAGGUGUUGAACUGUCGAGAUCACCGAACUGGUGAAUCUGUCGCGAUCAAGCUAAUUCGAAAUAAGAAACGCUUCCAUCACCAGGAUUUGGACCAAAGAGGAGAAAACCACGUCGUCAAGAUGACAGAGCAUUUCUACUUCUGCAGCCACUUGUGCAUCGCAAUGGAGCUGCUGAGCAUUAACUUGUACGAGUUGAUCAAGGCGAACAGACUUGUCGGGCUUCACCACCACCUUGAUACGGCGUUUCACGAGCCAGAUGACCAUGAUGUUCUGCUCAAACACCCGCCGAAGAGCGCGAUCAAGGUGAUCGACUUUGGCAGUACUUGCUUCGAGCACGAGAAGAGUGAGCUUGGGUUCCAUCAAUUCAGGAGGUUCACUUUUAUACGUCACACCCAAAGUCAGUGCUACCCUUCACUGGAGGUCAUCCUCGGCAUCAACUACCAUGUGGCCAUCGACAUGUGGAACCCAGGGUGCAUCCUCGCCGAAUUGUACACGGGAUUCCCAAUCUUCCCUGGCGAGAACGAGCAGGAACAAUUAGUCUUGUAUGAUGGAGAUAACAGUGGAGCACCACGAUCCGUGGUCAACUUCAAGGGUCAGAGAAGAGGACCUGAACGGCGCAUGAAACCACAAGCAGCACUUCAGUAUAGUGUCUUGAAAACCGGACACGGUCCAAGGUCACCAGUCCCUCGCCCACGACCACCACGGCGCUACUGCCAUCAUCCAGCCUUUCUGAAUCACGGACGUCGAAGAUUAGCGCACUGUCGUCACAGACGGUGUCAAUGCCACCCCCGUCCGUGCAACCUCUAUGGGUCCGUUAUCACGCCCUACCGUUCCUCGCGACAUUCAUUUUGCCGGACACUAGGUGGGUUCGCCGUGGCAACUGCUAAAUGA